UUGGACGCGAUAAACGGUGAUACCUCGGCGAUGCGCCGGAAUCGCAGAGAGAAGAGACAGGUGAGGGAGGUGAAAAGCUGGGUUCUGGCACCUGCUUUCGGCUUCCAAUACCUGACCAUCUGGUGCGUGCAUGUGUGCUGCUGCCAUGGCGACCAGGAGCCCAGUCCACUCAGCUAUGUCCCCGUAGAGGUGGUGAGGAGUUAUCCAGUGUUCCUGGGCAGAGCUCAUCGUUUAGCUCAGAGACAGGAGCUGCACAUCCAGACAGUCCUCCAAGUCAACCGCACACUCUACAUAGGAGCCAGAGAUGACUUGUACAGAGUAGAGCUGGAUAACUUGAUAGGUGAUGAAAUGUUCUACAGCAAGAAAAGGACAUGGGAGUCCAAUAAGAAUGAUAUUCGAGUGUGCCGGAUGAAGGGCAAACAUGAGGGAGAGUGCCGUAAUUUCAUCAAGGUUUUGCUCAGCCAGCACGGUGGCCUGUUUGUUUGUGGAACAAACGCCUUCAACCCACUGUGUGCCAACUACACCAGGGACACACUUGAAAUGGUGGGAGAACCUGUCAGCGGGAUGGCGCGGUGUCCAUAUGAUCCACGACAUGCUAAUGUGGCUUUAUUUGCCGAUGGAAGCCUCUUUACCGGCACUGUGACAGACUUCCUGGCCAUUGAUGCAGUGAUCUAUCGCAGCCUCGGUGACAGCCCUGCCCUCCGCACAGUCAAGCAUGACUCCAAAUGGUUCAGAGAGCCCUAUUUUGUGAGUGCUAUGGAGUGGGGGCCUCACAUAUAUUUCUUCUUCAGAGAGAUGGCCAUGGAGUUUCAUCACUUAGAGAAGGUGAUGGUGUCCCGCGUGGCUCGCGUGUGUAAAUCAGACCUUGGUGGCUCGCAGCGUGUUCUUGAGAAACAGUGGACCACUUUUCUCAAGGCGCGGCUCAACUGCUCGGUCCCGGGAGACUCCCACUUUUAUUUUAACCUUCUGCAUGCCACAAGCAACAUCAUCCACAUGCACGGACGGGAUGUCAUUCUGGGGCUCUUUUCCACGCCACCCAACAGCAUCCCAGGCUCUGCGGUGUGUGUCUUUGACAUGCAGCAGCUCGCUCAUGUCUUUGAGGGUCGGUUUAAAGAGCAAAAAUCCCCAGAGUCUAUUUGGACACCGGUACCAGAUGAGGCCGUGCCUAGACCAAGGCCGGGGGGAUGCGCAGUGCAGGGAUCCAGGUUCAGCACCUCCACCACACUGCCAGAUGAGGUGCUGAACUUUGUAAAAACCCACCCUCUAAUGGACGAGACAGUUCCACUGUUGGGACAUAGGCCCUGGGUGGUCAAAACUAUGGGGAGGUACCAGUUAACAACGAUGGUGGUUGACACAGAGGCGGGCCCCCACAAGAACCGAACAGUCUUGUUCCUUGGCUCCACUCGAGGGACCAUCCUCAAGUUCUUAAUGAUUCCAAGCGCAGAUUCAGUCUCUCACAGCAGUGUGUUUCUGGAGGAGGUGGAGGGAUUCAACCCAGAGAAGUGUGGGGAGGACACUCCUCAGGCUCGUCAGAUCUUGUCCCUGUCUCUGGACCGUACCACCCACAGCCUGUUGUUGGCCUUCCCCUCCUGUUUGGUCAAAGUGCCCACAUCGCGUUGCCACUUGCACGCACGCUGCAUGAAGAGCUGUCUGGCCUCCAGGGAUCCAUACUGUGGCUGGACCAAAGGCAGCACUUGCGCUUUCCUCAGACCAGGAACCCGGCUCCCUUUUCAGCAAGAUGUGGAAUAUGGAAACACAACCUCCCAUCUAGGAGACUGUGAUGGAAUUCUGCAGCAGAGCUUGUUGAUUGAACCCGAGAGCCUGGUCUCCCUCAACCUGCUCGUGGCGUCUGCGGUCUCGGCGUUCACCAUCGGAGCGGCGCUCUCCGGGCUUGCCGUGUGCUGGAUCAUGGCUCACAAGCCCGCCAACCGCCGCCAUGGCAGCGCCUCCCAGUCCUCAAUCCAGCGGCGCGACAGAGGCCUUCUGAGCAACGCCGGCGGAAUGACGGGUUCUGUGCUGAGCGUGACAAGGCAGGGAGGUGGGGACCGACCCUGCCCCCAGGGUGGGGAGACCCUCUUCGUCAUGCCCAACGGCUGGGUCAAGUCGGGAGAGCUGGACCCUGGUUUUCUGCCCACUCCAGAGCACACCCCCCAGCAGAAAAGAAGAGGCCUACGACUCUCUGACUCCAACUCUGGAGGUUGGGACACCAGCCAGACCUACCUGGGGGGAGGUUCCGUGGGCCUCGGCUCGCCUUGUCGCAUUCCCCCUUCCGUCUACUUGACCACCAGACUUUUCCAGCAGGGUGGAGGUGGGAGGCACGGUGGGGACGGCCGUGGGAAUGACACCCCACGCCAGCAUUACGUCUGCUUGAGCAAGCAAGAGAAAGGAGGGAAGGGAACACCCAAAGUCCCCUUGAGGAAAUCUGCAGGGGAAUACGUCUACCCCAUGACCCCCCAGGACUCUCCUGAGCGUCGGAGAGUGGUGUCAGCCCCCAGUGCCCCCGUGGAAUACAGCGAGCCACUGCCUCUGCGCUGGCCGGCCCAGGAAGGAUACAUCCUCAGCAGUCACGGCAUGGUCCCUGUACCCCUGCCCCCACCUCCCAUGCCUCCGCCCAGUGGUCAGUCUUACAUAUCCCAGCAACACAACCCUGUCCUGAGCAGGGCUAUGCUGAGGGGAGCCCUUGAGCGAGGGGAGCUGGGAGAGCUGGUGGAUCUCAGCCAGCUAAUGAGUAAGAAAAACUGCAGUGAUAGGACUCAAACCGGCCAAUGAAUGUGAAGAAAAUAAAGGGUACAGAAGUCUGUCCAUGUUGGAAGCUCUUGAUUUAAUAUUCCUAAAUAUCUCCUCUCUCCUCUCUCUGUCAAUCCUAUCGUUUCCUAUAUUAUUCAUUGUCAUUUAACCCCCCCCCCUCCAAUCUGCAGCCAGUGUCUCAGGCAAACCUCUUCACCCAAGAAUGAGUCUUUCCUUAUGAUUGGCCGUUGGUUCUGCCACUCAUAUUGUAGCUCACACUAAUUGGUCAGAUGGACUGAGGUUGUUGCUGUGUCUGCAUUGCAGAGAUGCCUUUCUCUCCUUCUCUCGGCAGCAGCAGCAGCAGGACAAGAGAGGAGAAGGGAUGGAGGCUAAAGAUGGACAGACAGAAAAAAACUGAAUGGGGAGCAGAGAGGAUGUGAGCAGAGACUUAGAGACUGUUGUCCCUGUGCAAAUUGACUGAGCCCGCAUGUCCAGAAGUGGGAUGUUUUGCUCCCCUUGGAUAACAUUAACAAGACUGCCAACCAUCUGUUCCCAACUAUAUUACCUGCUUGUUCGAUUGCCAACUAGGUACUUGAAUUGAAAUGGCAGGUUGUGAACAUUACAAUAGUAUCCAAGGCUCGAGGUUGAUCAAAACUGUAGUAGUUCUGACUCCCUGCUGCACACAUGCAGCAGUUGCUUACAUGUAUUUUUACAGGUGGGUGAAAUGUAUUCUGUAGAAAUCAUGACUUAAGUGCUGAACGCCUUCUAACUUGUCUCAUAGGGAUAUGGGACCAUAACUUACGUCUGUGAGCAGAAUGCAGGACUGAAAUGUCAGCACUAUUCCUGCCAACUGCACGCUCUCUGUAAUGACGGCAUCUCAGCUGUCCGCCGCUCCAUCCGUUCCCCACUUCCAUUCCCUCUUCUCUUUAAUGACGAAUAAUUCCUCAAGGACGCUGGGUGGGAUUGCACCACAACACUGGUUAGACAUAAAACUAAAGGAAGUGGGGGGAUGCAAUAUGCUGUAGGAGCAUAUUAACUGUCAAUGUAGAGCAAUUCUCCACAAAAACACAUACAUUAGACCCUGACAGAAAACAGCCUUGUUUCAGUGGUAAAUAUUUCUGCAGAAGUCCACCGUGGGUCAAGGUCUCACUGAUGUGCUAUGGUGUAAAGUGAUGGUAACAGUGUCCGUGAUUGAAACCUCUAACUUCACUCAGAGCCAAUAGGGGUAAUGGCAAUGUUCUCAGCAGACAAAUGAAACUAUAUAUUCAGCCCAUCAAAGUGUCCUGCAGAAUGAAAUGGUCAGUGCUUAGAUCAACACAGCAUGGUUAGAGUGUGUUAGAAUGGAGACAGAAGUCUCAAAAAGGGAUGGGAUUGAAAUCAUAAAAAAGACUUGUUAAUAUUGAAACUUACUAUUACAACUUAUAUGCGAUUUUCACACCAAGUCGACAGAUGAAUGCUGAUUUGUUCUGACCUACAAUGAACAGCAAUAUGAUUAAUAUGUACAUAGUAAUCUUUCAUUUAGAUAAUGUGAUAAUACAAGACAGUAGCUCCCAAAAUAUAGGCAGGCAUUUGCUUGCGAACAAAAAUAAGAAUUUAUCAUGUCAUUAAUGUAUAAAAAUAUUUUUUUCACAUAGGUUUUGUAACGAUGGGGGACUUGAUGGAAACCACCUUUUUUAGAUCAGAGUGCCAAACCCAACUUAUCAAUGCCUGAUUACAGAAGCAAAAAAGGAAAGAAAAAAAAAGAAAAAAUAUUUCAAGUGCCAUGAUGAAGUCCAUUUCAGUCAGCAGUGCACCUUUCUCAUACUAUGGUGUUGAAGAACUCUCUUAUUGCAGUAAACUUGUGACAUGUUUGCCUUUGACCUCACAUGCUGAAUGUCUGAUUUUUUUUCAUUAAGAUUUGGGCUUGUACUGUUGAAAUCAGUUGUGCAGCUCCUUCAUCUGUCCAGACACUUCUUUCUGAUGCUGAAUGCCAUUACUGAGGAUCUUUCUAUAAACUACUUUGGCAGUUCAUGCCGUAUAGUGUAAAUAUGUAAGAGUUGAUAUAGACACCUUGUCGUGCCCGUUACGGUCACAGUAUUAGUGUGUUCACCUACGCCACAGCACAUCUGCGUUUACUCCAGAAUAGCUUACAUGCUUGAAUAAUGAUUUCCAAGUGGUUUAUGAGUAAACCUUCAAGUGGACUGAAGUGCAUUUAGGGAACACUGUGUAACUCAUUUUGUGUCCCUGGUUUUGGAGGUUUUGUCUUGGUCUAGUGACUGUUUGUCCUUCAUUGCCAAUGACUGCUAUACUUAGGGAUCUUGAAAAUACUCUUCAGCAUCCAGAGCGAAUGAAUGUAUCAUUUCUUUUUUGUUUGUGCUCAUCAGAAUGUGCCGUAAUAAUUAAAAGCACAAAGAUGCGUCUUUGUUUUGUUUGUUUGUUUCUUUUGUUUGUUUGUUUGUUUUUGAAGGAGCUGUCCUGUAUCAUUUGUGAAUAGUGUAAAUAGUCAUGUUGAAUGUAUUGUGUAUCAGUUCUGGUUUCGGUGGGAGAAGAGGGCGUCGCCCUUUCUCUUUAAAGACAAGACUGUGUUUGAAGUGUGAGGCUAUUUUUUGGUGAAUACGCUGUGAAUAAAAAUGUCUGUACAGUACUUAUGUGACUAAGGCUGAAUGCAGGGUUCAGCCCUUUCUUUCCUGUUGUUAGAGUAGAGUCCCAGGCCUGACCUCAGCCAGAGCUGAGCCUUCUCAUUUGCCUGACGUUUUUGCAGUUGCUAAGUUACUGCUGAUGUAAUAAUCAGUACUGCUAUUAAAUGGCAUUAUAAAAUUGACUGCAAAUGUUGUCAAGUGU